AGAAACAGUCACGCAGUUUGCACGUGACCUCCCAAACCUAAGUGGCUGUCCCUUCCGGGAGUACCCUGCAUAGCGGCGGCGCGUCCUGCCGAGAGAGAGAGAGAGAGCUCCGUAGCCAUGGCGUGGGAGGAGGAGGCGGUGGAAGAGGAGGAAUACGGGGAUGAGAUGGCGGCUUCAGAGUCGGAGGAGGACGUUGUGGUGGGGCAGAUGCCGACGGUGAUGGUGCCAAAGCAUAUCAAUAAGAGGGCCCUGAAGAACAAGGCGCUCUCUGUUACGCUCGACAAGAAAGCGCUCAGGGAUUUCGUGACUGGGUUCCACAAGAGGAAGAAGAAGAGAAGAAAAGAGGCGCAGAAGAUUUUGCAGGAGAAGGAGAGGAAGAAGAAAAUACAGGACCGCAAGAGGAGGAAAGAAGAGAAGGAGAUUGCUCUAUAUGGUAGAGUACUGUCAUCGGAUAACAAUGAUGAUGCUGGAUUAGAAAAUGAAGAUAUCGGCGAUGAUGGUGAGGAUAUGGAAAAUGACGAACCUUUGUCUGAAACCAAAACGUACGAAGAUGAUGGGACGAGAAUCAUAGUCACCACCAGUGAAAUUACUCCUGAAGACGAUGACAUGGGCCCAAAAACUGUUGGCCCCGUGUCAACGAGCUACACCAACAAGAAUCCUAGCUCGUUUGCCAAGAAGAACAACAGUUUAGGUGUGAAGAAGAAGCCACAGAAGAGAACGUUCAAGAGCAAGAGUAAAGCGAAAAAGGGUGACAAGAAGCGCGGUGCUGCAAAGGGUAAAAGGAAGGGCAAGGGAAGGAAGUAGUGUUUUGUGAACCCUCUGUAGAAAGAAUUGUAUGCUGUGACUGGCUGUGGACCUGUGGUUAAUCUCGCAUCAUCUGAUCUGCACUUGCUUUGGCGAUAUAUCGAUGAUCAUUUGGUCCGCAAACAAAUUGUGAUGUAACAAAUUUGUUAUAUCGAUGCUCAGUUGUUGAGUUGUGCU